CCCGCCGGAGUGGCCAUAAACAGAGCAGCAAUUCCGUGAAUUCCGAGCAGCAAUCAUGGGUGCCACGGCCUCGUGCAAGAAAUCCAACGGCAGUGGCUAUCCGGAGCACGAUGAUCCCAGCUACCGCAAGUGCCAGGAGCUCAAGAUGGAGCGCUGGAUCCAGAUGCACUACCAGAUCAAGCAGCGGGAGCAGGCUCUGGCCAUCGCUCAGCACCGGGAGCUAUUCUACUGGCUGAGCGGCUUCUAUCUGAGCGCCGUCUACGGCUGCGCCAGCUACUACCAGCGGGUGAAGCGGGUCUCCGCGUUGGCUCCGCUCCUGCCGCUCACCUUUGUGGUGGGCUACUACACGGAUUGGGCCUACGGCAGCAAGCUGCACCGCAUCCAAGCGGAGGCCAACAUGAUUAUGGAGCACGAGCAGGAGCUGCUGCACUGGCCGGGUGGUCUCCCCACAGUGGCCGGAAUCGAUGAGGCUCGCGUGGAGACCGAGAUGGAAAAGAAAAUGCAUCCACACCACAUGUAGAGGCAAAAGGCUGCCCCUGUCCCAUUUAGUCUGUAGGCGGAAUUGGGUUCUCGUGCUAAGGUUUCCAUUCAAAAAAGCUAUAUUCCGCCAAAAGGGCUGAAGUCAAAAUCUCACACAGUUUUAGACACUUAAAAGUCCUUAGCUAGCAUGAACAUUUUUAAGCAUUAACAUUCGCCAAUGCCUAAAUGUAGGGACCAUUCAAUAACACUUCACAACACUUGCCAGCAUCACUUUGAACCUUUAAUGGUGUUAAGCAACACUACUCAAUAGCAAGCUAAAUCUGCAGGCACAACAUAAGAUACUGCUCAACAAUGA